AUGGCUGGGCUAAGAGAUAGCUGUAAAGAAUCAGACUCUUAAAGUAAAAAAUUAAAAUUAAAAGAUGAAAGAAUCAGACCCUCUAAAAGCUCAAACCAUACCUACAUUUAGGAUUUAGACGGUUCCAUCAGACGUCCAAAAUUCGACCUAACAGCCUAUUCCAACAAUCUAAACCAGGUUUCCGAAUCUGGAAUCACAGUUCCCUUUCUUAGAGUAAAAGCAACUUCUUGCGAGUUCCACAUUUUCUGUGCUAAGAAAGGAACUUCUUGCCUUGUGCACAGAUUCCAACUUUGGCUGGACGUCAUUCUUUAGGGAGUGAAAUAGAAGCCCCAUCCAUCCGAUGCAUAUAUGACAAACAGGAUAAACAGAAGAAAACGACACACAGAAAGUGCAAAUCUGGUGUCUGCCUCUGCCCGUGUCAUUGUAAAGAAUGUAUAAGCAAAGUUUCAGGGUCUGCUUCUGUUUCAGGAGAAGGUUCAGGACAAAUGUAGCAGAAGCUCCAGAAGAUGUGGAGAUGAUGUUUCGUAAAUACUCAGAAAAUGGCAUAAUGAACAUUGAUCACUUGCAGAGGUUUUUGGAAGAGAUUCAAGGAGAAUCAUCUGACACAAAAGCUCAGGCCAUCUUCAACAAUCUCAAGCACCUCGGCAUCUUUCAGAGAAGAGGCCUUCGUCUCGAAGAUUUCUUCAGAUAUCUUUUUGGAGACCUUAACCUUGCUUUCUCGCCCUCCCAAGGGGUUUAUCAGGAUAUGGGAGCACCAUUAUCUCACUAUUACAUAUUUACAGGCCACAACUCCUACUUAACAGGAAAUCAACUGAGUAGUGAUAGCAGUGUGACUCCUAUCAUAAGGGCUCUAAAUAGAGGAGUAAGAGCAAUUGAGUUGGAUUUGUGGCCUAAUUCCAAGAAAAAUGACAUUGAUGUUCUUCAUGGAGGCUGUAGGACACUCACAGCUCCUGUGAAACUCAUCAAAUGUCUGCGUGCCAUCAAAGAUCAUGCUUUUACAGCUUCUGAGUAUCCGUUGGUGAUAACUUUUGAAGAUCAUCUCACCCCAGAUCUUCGAAAAGAAGUGGCCAGGAUGGUUACUGCAACAUUUGGGGAUAUGCUUUACGUCCCUAGAUCUGAGUACUUAAAUGGAUUCCCCUCGCCAGAAUCGCUAAGGAGAAGGAUUCUAAUUUCUACGAAACCACCAGAGCACACUAAAGGUGAGAGCAUCAAGGAAAAACCAUCAGCAGAUAAGCAAAGAGACACAGCAGAUGAUGACAUUUGGGAGAGCGUACAACAACAACAAGAUAUGGAUGAGGAUCAUCUGGAGGAGGAGGAGGAGGAGGAUAAAGAUGAGAACAAUGCUGUUCCAGAAUAUAGGAGUUUGAUUGCCAUUCAUGCAGGGAAAAUGAAAAGCGGAUCAAGCCUCAAAGCAUUAUUUAAUGAUAUAGAAAAAGUUUCAAGACUUAGUCUGAGCGAGCAAGAACUUGAAAAUGCUAUAAGAAAGCAUGGACGCGAUAUUAUCAGGUUUACUCGGAGGAAUUUGCUGAGAGUGUACCCAAAAGGUUUAAGAUUAGACUCAUCUAAUUACAAUCCUAUGCUUGGAUGGACCCAUGGGGCUCAAAUGGUUGCUUUUAACAUGCAGGGAUAUGGGAAAUACUUGUGGAUCAUGGAAGGAAUGUUCAGAGGCAAUGGUGGUUGUGGCUACAUUAAAAAACCCGAUGUCUUGUUGAAGAACCUAGAUGAUCCGGCUUCUUACUCGGAAUCAACAUCUUCGGCUAUAAUAAGCCGUUUAAAGGUAAAGGUAUACAUGGGAGAAGGAUGGCAUCUGGAAUUCGGUCUCUCACAUUUCGAUUUCUAUUCACCUCCAGACUUAUACGUUAAGGUUGGAAUCGUCGGAGUCCGAAAAGACACUGAGACGAGAAAGACGAGUGCGAUUGAAGACGAGUGGAUACCUGUGUGGAACGAAGAGUUUUGUUUCUCAAUAAGCGCUCCUGAAUUAGCUUUGCUAAAUGUUGUGGUUCGAGAUUACGAUACCUCUGGAAAAGAUGACUUUGCCGGCCAAACAUGUCUGCCGGUGACGGAGCUCCGAUCUGGAAUCCGAUCAGUUCCAUUGUACAGUCGGAAGGGGGAGAAAUUCAAGCAUGUGAAGCUCCUCAUGCGAUUUGAAUUUGAAUGACAGAAAUUAAUAAAUACUUCUAAAAUGGAAUUUAUAUAUAUA